UGCAUGGAUUUGAAAUAAAUGGAUUUGAAAUCCAAAUGCUUCCAUCCAACCGGGCCCUAACUUAUGGUAGGUGUCAUGUUAACGUAUAUACUUGUUAUCCAUCUCAAAGAUUAUACGACUUCCCUCUCUCUCCCCCAAUUUUCUGUAUAUGCUCUGUACUCUCCCAUGGCGUCGAGAUACAUAAGGGAGUUUUUGGCUUUGGAGGCAUUUAAAAACGCAGGGAGAGACGUAAGCGACAUCCUUCCACGACUAGUAAAGUUCCUCUACUGCCUCCAAGUCACCAAGACACACCUGUUCACCGUCACUCUGUCCUACAGUCCCAACAUGCUCCUAACCCUUGGCCUGCCCGGUAAUUUGUGCUUGGCUGAAUGCAUCUCAACCCAGUUCAACAAACUGGGUGUUGGGGACAUUGUACUCGUACAGUCCCCUGAGGUUCCUUGGAAGUUCAUGACCAAGCGCUUGAUAGCCAUGGAAGGCCAGUCUGUUACAUAUGUUGUCGACCCUAAGAACAGUGACAAGUCUGAGACUAUUGUGGUAUGUUAAUGUUCCACUUCAAGCUUGUAGUGUUGGUUUUGUUUUGGGCUCUGGGUUUUUGGGUUUGAAAGUUUGCGUUUUUGAUGUUUUGGGAUUUAGGAGAUUAUACUGUUGUUGUUGUUGGUGGUGCUACUAGGUUCCUAAAGGGCAUGUUUGGAUAGAGGGAGACAACAUCUUAUUGAGCAUGCGCACUGUUAGUUCCUUGUAUGUAAUUACAGAAUCUUGUUGUAGUAGGGAAUUAGAAGCUUGUUUGUAGAAUGAUAUUUUUCUAUCAAGAAAAGUGGUUCA